UUAUGCUUAUGACAUUCAAGAAAAAACAAGAAAAAGAGCCAAGUUUCCUGAUUUAGUGGAAUUUGUGUACAAACAAGCAAAGGUUGCCAAUGACCCGCUGUUUGGAGAUAUCUUGGACUCCACUUCAAGUAAUCAGAACAACUCAAAAAAGCAAACAAGCAUUAGAAAAAGUGAGUCUAAAAGAAGCAGCUUUGCUGUGAAUAUGUCUGCUAUUGAAAAUAAUGUCAAUAAAAGCCAACCUGAGAAGAAACCUUUUGCAGUCAAGUCAGCAAGUGUCUUUCAAAGAUCCUUGUCUUUACUGUCAGAAGAACCAUGCACUGAAUGCAUGCAACAAGAUUCGAGAACAGCCUCUGAAAGAAAGAAUUCAGUUCUUGAAAACGAACGGCCUUUGUUUUGGGUGUCUGACGGCAGGUCGUAUGUCCAAGGACUGUAAAAAAAGGGCCUCUUGUCCAGAUUGUUCAUUCAAGCACCCAGCUAUCUUGCACGUUGUUAAGGAAGAUGCUUCAUCAAAGAACAACAGUGCGAAUGACAGCUCACAAAGCACAAGUGAAGUCACAAGUGCCCUCGUAUCUGCAGGGUGCAGAAGAGGUGACCAUACUGGGGCCGGGAACAGUGAGUGUAUUCUUCCCAUCGUACCUGUGCAGAUAAAACACAAGAAAGACACAAACAUAAUUAAUACCUAUGCUUUCCUGGAUCAAGGAAGUACAGCGACUUUCUGCACUGAAGACUUGGCGAAGAAGUUGAAUAUGCGAGGCAGAAAGACAGAAUUCCUGCUUCGCACUAUAGCGCAAGAACAGAAAGUGAUUAGCUAUGAACUUAACGAUCUGGAGGUGUGUGGCAUAGAAGAGCAUGAUUACAUUCAGCUGCCCAAUGUGUAUACUCAGCCAGAUAUACCUGCAGAAAAGGCCAACAUCCCACAGAAGAAAGAUUUGGAGAGGUGGUCUUACCUGAGUCGAGUCCAUCUCCCAAAACUUGAAGCAGAUGUUGGUCUGCUCAUCGGUGUCAACGCGUAUAAAGCCAUGGAGCCGUGGGAGAUCAUUAAUAGCCAGACUGACGGACCAUACGCUGUGAAGACAGCUCUUGGUUGGGUCGUCAAUGGGCCAAUUAGCAGAUGCCAAGAGAAAGAAUCAGAUGAUGGCAAAAGACAAAGUUUCCUUGUCAACCGUAUUUCUGUGAUAAGCCUUGAUGACAUGCUGAUGAAGCACUACAAUGCAGAUUUUCCAGAAAGAAGAUGUGACAACAGACGAGAACAGUCUCAACAUGACAAGCAGUUCAUGCAUACGGUGACAGCAUCAGCCCAGCUCGUGGAUGGUCACUUCCGCAUCAAGUUGCCUUUGAAGGAUGACAAGGUGAAGAUGCCAUGCAAUCGUGGUAUUGCAGAACAGAGGCUUAACUCUUUGAAGAGGAAGUUCAGUAGGAAUACAGACUUCGUUCAUGAGUACAAGGCUUUUAUGGACAACAUACUGGAAAAAGGCUACGCAGUAAGGGUUCCAGAAGAACAGUUGACUCGCAGUGAUGGAAGAUUAUGGUUCAUUCCACACCAUGGGGUGUACCAUCCAAAAAAGAGGAAACUCAGAGUCGUUUUUGACUGUGGGGCAACUUACCAAGGUGUGUCCCUAAAUGACCAGUUGUUGCAAGGGCCUGACUUAACUAACACCCUCAUCGGAGUGUUGCUGAGAUUCAGACAGGAGCCUGUCGCCAUGAUGGCAGAUAUCGAGUCCAUGUUUUACCAGGUGUGGAUUACAGACACGGACACAGAUAUGCUACGCUUUCUCUGGUGGCCAGGCGGUAAUCUGAAUGUGGAAGCAGUAGAGUACAGAAUGUGUGUGCAUCUGUUCGGUGCUACAUCAUCCCCUAGUUGUGCGUCAUAUGCAUUGAGAAGAACAGCAGAGGAUGCAGCAUCAAAGAGUACCCCAGAAGCCACACAGACAGUCCUCAAGAACUUCUAUGUGGACGACUGUUUGAAGUCGGUAGCCACAGAAGACAAAGCCGUUGCUCUUGUGAGGGAGCUGAUGACGUUGUGUGCCAGUGGUGGUUUCCAUUUGACCAAAUGGGUCAGCAACAGCAGAACCCUGCUGGGUUCCAUUCCUGGUCACGAACGAGUGGCUGAAGUCAAAGAUCUUGAUUUGGAGCAUGAUGAGUUACCAGUGGAACGGGCAUUAGGCAUACAGUGGUGCACAAGUUCUGACAGCUUCAAGUUCAAAAUAAAUCUGCCGGACAAGCCAUGCACAAGACGAGGCAUAUUAUCUGUAGUCAGUUCAGUGUAUGACCCAAUGGGUUUUUUGGCACCACUCCUACUACCUGUCAAGUUCAUUUUAAGAGAUCUCUGCCAAGAGAAGAAAUGUUGGGGCGAAGAGAUCCACGAAAAGUCAUGCCGGACAUGGAUGAAGUGGCUGACAGACUUAGACAAGCUUUCAGAACUCAGUCUGAACAGAUGUUUCAAACCCCUUGCAUUUGGUCCCACAAAUGCUGCUCAAAUCCACAAUUUCUCAGACGCUAGUCAAGAUGGAUAUGGCGUUGUGUCGUAUCUCUUGCUGACAAAUUACCGGGGUGAGAAACAUGUAGCAUUCUUGAUGGGAAAGUCCAGAGUCGCUCCAAUUAAACAGAUCACGAUCCCGAGAAUGGAGUUGACAGCAGCGACGGUUGCAGUCAAGAUCGAUCGGAUGUUGAAAGAAGAACUUGAAGUUCUCCUGUUGGAGUCAGUUUUCUGGACGGAUAGUACAACAGUACUAAAGUACAUUGAAAACGAUGCGCUACGUUUCAAGACCUUUGUGGCAAACCGUGUCUCUUUCAUUAGAGAAGCGACUACAUCUUCUUAGUGGAAGUAUGUCAAUACCUCACAAAACCCAGCAGAUCAGGCUUCAAGAGGUUUGAAGAUUCAGAGCUUCAUGGAAAGUAAAAGCUGGUUUCAGGGGCCUAGUUUCCUGUGAAAAGAAGUUGAAUGGCCGGAACAAGCUGAACAGUGUACUUACCUGACUGAAGAUGAUGUUGAGGUGAAGACAUCCACUGCAGUGUCAUGCACAAACUCAAACGAGUGCACAGAUCCAUUGAACCAGCUUGUUGAGUAUUACUCCAGUUGGCAUAAGCUGAAAAAGGCAGCAGCCUGGAUUUUGCACUUAAGAAGGACGUUGCAACACCUGAGCGAGAAAAGAAAAGAGUUUGAGCAGAACAUACCGCAGAAUGAGAAUGAUCCGGAGAAGUGCAGGCAGGCCAGUCUGAAUGAGGCAGCUGAGAGGUAUUAUGGGAAGGCAGCAGAGCUAAGACCUGAUCAUCCAGCUGCUCUGAUGAAUCUUGGGGCUAUCUUCCACCUUAAUGGGAAACUGAAGGAGGCAGAGAGCAACUACCUCCGUGCACUGCAGCUCAAACCAGAUGACCUCAUCACUCAGUCCAACCUCCACAAACUCUGGAAUGUCAUGCAGAAACGGGGCCUGCAAACUACUGGGUCAUGAUCUUCUUCCACAACCCCUGCAGAUAUUUGAUCAUAUUUGAUAUGUGCGGUUUUGUGGUGUUAGAACUCCUACAGUACAUUUUUGUCUUGGCUUGAGGAAUUCAGCUCAAACCAAGAGCUUAAAUGGGCCCACAAUACUGAGAAUUGUUUCGAGGCUGGAGUUAAAUUCACAUCUUUCAUUCAACAAACCUUGAGAACAGAGCUGUAGCAGCUACUAUAAGUAGGCUACCACAGUGACCAGUACAUUAAGAAAACCCCAGAGAACUCACGAGUGAAUGUUGGAUGCGAUUAUCCUGGUGGCUUUACUGAUGCACUUACAGUUGAAGUGUUUUGUGAGAUUACCGCAUCAUUGAUGACCAGGAGCACCAAUGAGGAGAACAUUCAGUGUAUAUGUCAAGAGAAACAAGACAAUGUGGAAGCCAUUGUCUACUGCCAGUCAUGUAUUUUUCCCCAAAAUCCUUCAAAAUAUAUUUGCAAUAAUUUAUUGCUAAAGUUCCGAUCAAGUCUGUUUAUUUAAAAAAAAAAAAAAUGGUGGUGGGGGGUUCAUGUCUUCUCUUGCCCAGAAACAUUUAACCAUAAUA